UAUAGUGAAUAGGUUCAAUACACAAACAUCACCACCUAAUUCUCUAUUUCCUCUUCAUCUUCUUCUCUUUCUUAUAUAUUUUUCCUUUCCAAGAAUUCAUUUUUAUAGUACUAAUUUUAAAAAUGGCACUCAUAUUUUUCAUUCUAAUUUUAAGCCAUCUAGUAGGGAUGUCACAUGCCCAACUAAAAGUUGGUUUUUAUGGCAAAACAUGUCCUGAAGCUGAGAAUAUUGUUACCAAUGUUGUACGUCAAGUUGCUGCCUCCACCCAAAAUAUUGCUCCUGUUUUGCUUAGGCUUCAUUUCCAUGAUUGUUUCGUUCAGGGGUGUGAUGGAUCAAUUUUGUUAGAAAAUGGGGAAAUUGGAGAAAGACAUGCAUUUGGACAUCAAGGAGUUCAAGGAUUUGAUGUAAUUGAAAGAGCCAAGCAAGAAAUAGAAAAAGUGUGCCCUGGCAUUGUGUCUUGUGCUGAUAUUGUUGCUUUGGCCGCUAGAGAUGCUGUUGUUGUGGCUAAUGGACCUUCCUAUGAGGUGGAAACAGGAAGAAGAGAUGGAUUGAUAUCAAAUUUAACAUUAGCAGCUAACAUGCCGGAUGUUAGCGAGUCUAUUCAGAUACUCAAAGCUAAAUUUUCCCAAAAAGGUCUUUCGGAGAAAGACCUCGUCGUCCUAAGUGCUGCACAUACAAUUGGUACCACAGCAUGUUUCUUCAUGACACAAAGGUUAUACGAUUUUGUGCCUGGAGGAGGUUCUGAUCCAUCCAUUGAUCCAAGUUUUCUCCCUGAACUAAUGGCAGCUUGUCCACGAAACGGAGAUGUUAAUGCUCGAUUAUCGAUGGAUCGGGGAAGCAGUGAGGAGUUUGAUAACAAUAUUUUACAAAAUGUAAGGAGUGGGUUCGCUGUGUUACGAUCUGAUGCUAGUUUAUACGAAGAUGUGGACACAAGGAAUAUUGUGGAUUCUUAUUUUGGGAUUUUUAGCCCAUUUUUGGGGACGUCUUUUGAGGAUGAUUUUGCUAAUGCAAUGGUCAAAAUGGGCAGAAUUGAUGUGCUAACUGGAAAACAAGGCAAAAUUAGAAGUGUAUGUUCCACAUUUUGAUUCAAAAGCAUAUAUUCUACUUGUUUGUAUUAAGAAAUAAAUUUGGAGAUAAUUGGGUAUAUUAUGUAAAAAGAAUGAGGAAAAUUUCAUAAAUA